AAUUCUUUCCCAGUUUUCUUCUAAGAGAGCACAUCAGUGAAAACUUCAUCGAAGAAGAAAAAUAAUAUAUUCGAGAGAAGUAGAGGAAGGAGAAAAUGUCGUGGCAAACGUAUGUAGAUGAUCACUUGUUGUGUGAAAUCGAAGGCAACACUCUCUCUGCCGCCGCCAUCAUCGGUCAAGACGGCAGCGUUUGGGCCCAGAGCUCCAAUUUCCCUCGGUUCAAGCCAGAAGAAAUCUCUGCUAUUAUGAAUGACUUUGUUGAACCUGGAUCACUUGCCCCCACCGGAUUGUACCUUGGUGGCACAAAAUAUAUGGUGAUCCAAGGAGAAGCCGGAGCUGUUAUUCGAGGGAAAAAGGGGCCUGGAGGAGUUACUGUUAAAAAGACCAAUCAAGCCUUGAUCAUCGGGAUCUAUGAUGAACCAAUGACUCCUGGCCAAUGCAACAUGAUUGUUGAAAAGCUCGGUGAUUAUCUCAUUGAACAGGGUCUUUAAUUUAUUUAGCUUGCCUUAAUUGUCGCAGUUCUUCUUGGCUUCUUUUUUCUAUACGAAAGUGCACCUGCCACCUCCCGUAAUAAUGGUUGGAUCGAGUUAAAAUAACAGUAUUAGUAGUAUUAAAAGUCAAGGGGAACCUUUUUCCAGAAACAAUAAGCUUGAUGUUUGUAAUAGUGAUAUGCUUGUGAUCCUCUUGCUUUGUUUCUGUUCUUGUUUGAUGAAUGGUAUUGUCAAGAUUGUGGAGCGAGGUACUUUUGUCUACAUUU